AUGCAACGCCCAUCCUUCGCCGCCGCGCUCCUCCGGCGGGCGGCCCUGCCGUGCGACGUGUUCAUCAACCACCGUGGCGUGGACACGAAGAGGCACGUGGCCGGGCUGCUGCACCACCGCCUCCGCUGCCUGGGGCUCCGGCCGUUCCUGGACUGCCGGAGCCUGAAGGCCGGGGACCGCCUUUUCGACAAGAUCGACAUGGCGAUCAGGGAAUGCAGGGUCGGGAUCGCGGUCUUCUCGCCGAUGUACUGCGACUCGUACUUCUGCCUCCACGAGCUCAGCCUCAUGGCCGAGCUCGGGAAGAGGGUGGUCCCCGUGUUCUGCGACGUAAAGCCGUCAGAGCUGAGGGUGCGGGACGACGGGUCCUGCCCGCCCGAGGAUAUCGUCAGGUUCCGCGCCGCCCUCGAGGAGGCCAAGUACACCGUGGGAUUGACGUUUGACACCUUAAGAGGGGACUGGUCAGAAUUUCUUGCUAAUGCUACGGAUGUAGUGAUCAAGAACUUGAUCGAAGUGGAUGAAAUAAAUAGAUUAAAUUAA